AUGUCUGGCAGAAGAAGGGCAUACCCACAACCACAGUACUCGGCUGCUGCGCCAAGUGGUAUUUCUAGUCCACCCGUGAGCCAAUUCCAACAACAACAACAACAACCAGGUCAGCCAGGUCAACCUCAAGCGGGAUUUCAAGGUGCAUAUGGAGCAGCAGCAGGAGUACCAGCUUACGGCGCAGAUCAAUUACUGGGCCAGUUUCAGCAAAUGAGCGUUGGUAAUGGUGCAGCUGUUGGCACGCCUCAGCAGCAGUUUCAACAGCCCCAAUACCCCCAGGCUCAAUAUCAGCAAACACAACAACAACAACAACAAGCACCUCAAGUUAACCCACAGCUUAGCUAUGAUCCAUACCAACCUCAACCUCAAGCUGGUAUCUACGGACAAGGCAUGGGCGGUAUUCCACCUGCUGUUGGAGUUGGUGCAGGUGCUCAGCCAGUUGCUUCUUACGGUGCAUAUGGACAAGCAAGUAAUCUUGCAGGUGGUGUGCAAUUGAAUGCUUUAUAUACCACAGACUUGUCAAGAGACUUACCACCUCCUAUUGCCGAAUUGUCAUAUCAGCCGCCACCAAUUACUUUGGCCGACACCGCUACUAUUAUUCCAGGUUCCAAAACGGCUAAUGCUUCAUCUGACUAUUUUAGGUCUACUUUGAAUGUCGUGCCAAACAACUCUUCGCUAUUGAAAAAAUCAAAACUUCCUUUGGCAUUGGUUGUGAAGCCAUAUAAUGCUUUGAAAAUCCCGGAUGAAAAUGUUCCAGUCACAUGUGAUACUGUGAUUAGUAGAUGUCGUCGUUGUCGUGGUUACAUCAAUCCUUUCAUUACUUUGGCUGAGAAUGGAAGACGUUGGAGAUGUAACUUUUGUAACUUGUUAAAUGAUAUUCCUAGCGCAUUCGAGUAUGAUGAAAUCAGCGGACAAGUUAAGAACAAGUUUGACCGUGUUGAGCUCAACCACUCUGUUGUUGAAUUUAUUGCUCCAAAGGAGUAUAUGGCCAGGGCUCCUCAACCAAUUGUUUAUGUCUUUAUCAUUGAUGUUUCAGUACAUGCCGUUUCUAGUGGCUUAACAGGAACAAUCACUAGAACUAUAUUGGAGAGUUUGGACAGAAUUCCAAAUGAGAACAAGACAGCAAGGGUCGCAUUUAUUGGUGUUGACACGAACUUGCACUACUUUAGAUUUAAUGAAGGCUUGGAUGGUACCGAGAUAAUGGUUGUAGCUGAUAUUGAUGAGCCAUUCUUGCCAUCUCCAGGAGGAUUGUUGGUCAACUUGGACGAGAACAGGGAAGCAAUUGAGAAAUUGCUCUAUGAUUUCCCUUCAUUCUUUGAGUCCACCGCCAAUCAAGGUUUUGCCUUGGGUCCAGCAUUGAAGGCAGGCCACAAGUUGAUAAGCAACGUUGGUGGUAAGUUGGUAUGUUUUGCUGCUACUUUGCCAAACAUUGGUGAAGGCAAAUUAAGUGUAAGAGACGAAGCAAGCGUUGCCGGUAAGCCCAAAGAGGCUAAGGCAUUAUUAACGCCUGCCGAUAGUUUCUACAAGUCAUUUGCUGUUAACUGUAAUUCAUCGCAAGUGACAGUAGACUUGUUCUUGACUUCAGCAGCUUACCAAGAUGUUGCCACCUUGGCCAACUUGCCAAGAUUCACUGCAGGCCAAACCCAUUUUUACCCUGCUUGGACAAGCAACAAGUACGAGGAUGUCGCCAAAUUGUCGAAGGAAGUGAGCGACCAUUUAUCUCAAGACAUUGCCUUAGAAGCCGUGUUGAGAGUUAGAGGCUCAACUGGGUUCCGAAUGUCAUCAUUCUAUGGUAACUUUUUCAACAGAUCCUCGGACUUGUGUUCAUUCCCUACUUUCCCAAGAGAUCAAUCGUACCUCAUUGAGAUGUCAAUCGAAGAAACGAUCAAUAAGCCAGUGGUAUACUUCCAAGCAGCAGUCUUACACUCUACAUCAUUUGGUGAGAGAAGAAUAAGAGUUAUGAACUUGGCAUUGCCUACUUCGUCGAAGCUUGUCGAUGUUUACGCAUCUGCAGAUCAAUUAGCAAUCACAAACUAUUUCACACACAAGGCUAUUGAAAAGGCAUUAUCUUCGUCACUUCCAGAGGCCAGAGAGUACCUUAUUUCAAGAGUUGUUGAUAUUUUGAAUAUCUACAGGAAGGAGCUUGUUGCUGGCAAUGUCUCUGGAGCCUCACCAUUGCAAAUCUCCACUAAUUUGAGAAUGUUGCCAUUAUUAUUAUUCUGUUUGACCAAGAACUUGGCAUUCAGAAGCGAUAGAGUUCCUUCAGACCAUAGAGCUGCAGCUUUAAACAAUCUUGGAUCAUUGCCAAUACCUCAAUUGAUAAAAUCUAUUUAUCCGACCGUUUACUCCUUGCAUAACAUGCCUGAUUCUUGUGGGUUGCCAGGUGUCAAGGAAGAAAGUGAAGAGGAUGGAAACGAUGAUAAUGACGAGCAAGGUGUAGAAGUCGACGUUGUGUUACCAGAGCCAAUUAAUGACUCCAAGUCUUCGUGGGAGAACUACGGGUUGUACCUCAUUGACAAUGGUAGUGAAUUGUUCCUCUGGGUAUCGGGCAAUGUUGUCCCUGGUUUAAUCCAAGACGUGUUUGGCACGGAGAACUUGUAUGAGAUCCCAACCGGUAAAACCGAAUUGCCAGAAUAUUCAAUCGAGGAAAGUGAAUUUAACUACAGAGUGCGCCAAAUUAUCGGUAAAGUUAGGGAGCAGCCCGACUCUAUUAUUUGGAAGAACUUAUAUGUUGUUGUUGGCGCCUCUUCUAAUGAACCUAUUGAAAUCUCGCAACAACGUGAUCUUAUGGCUUUGAGAAUGUGGGCAUCAAGCUGCUUGGUUGAGGACAAGACAGGUAGCGAGCCAUCAUAUAGAGAUUUCUUGACUUCGUUAAAGUCCAAGGUUUCACAGUAA